AUGUUUGAAAUGGUUCUAGUUAUCGUCCCAAUCAAGUUUCAGAGCGUUACAGUUUUCCGAAAUGUGUUUUUCCAAUUUUUUUCUAUCAUUUUCGCACUAAGGGUAGUUUUUAACACACUCCGACGGCAGGUAAGGGGAUUUCCUUUGGUGGGAAUGUUUGAAAUGGUUCUAGUUAUCGUCUCAAUCAAGUUUCAGAGCGUUACAGUUUUCCGAAAUGUGUUUUUCCAAUUUUUUCUAACAUUUUCGCACUAAGGGUAGUUUUUAACACACUCCGACGGCAGGUAAGGGGAUUUCCUUUGGAGGGAAUGUUUGAAAUGGUUCUAGUUAUCGUCUCAAUCAAGUUUCAGAGCGUUACAGUUUUCCGAAAUGUGUUUUUCCAAUUUUUUUCUAUCAUUUUCGCACUAAGGGUAGUUUUUAACACACUCCGACGGCAGGUAAGGGGAUUUCCUUUGGAGGGAAUGUUUGAAAUGGUUCUAGUUAUCGUCUCAAUCAAGUUUCAGAGCGUUACAGUUUUCCGAAAUGUGUUUUUCCAAUUUUUUUCUAUCAUUUUCGCAAUAAGGGUAGUUUUUAACACACUCCGACGGCAGGUAAGGGGAUUUCCUUUGGAGGGAAUGUUUGAAAUGGUUCUAGUUAUCGUCUCAAUCAAGUUUCAGAGCGUUACAGUUUUCCGAAAUGUGUUUUUCCAAUUUUUUUCUAUCAUUUUCGCACUAAGGGUAGUUUUUAACACACUCCGACGGCAGGUAAGGGGAUUUCCUUUGGAGGGAAUGUUUGAAAUGGUUCUAGUUAUCGUCUCAAUCAAGUUUCAGAGCGUUACAGUUUUCCGAAAUGUGUUUUUCCAAUUUUUUUCUAUCAUUUUCGCACUAAGGGUAGUUUUUAACACACUCCGACGGCAGGUAAGGAGAUUUCCUUUGGAGGGAAUGUUUGAAAUGGUUCUAGUUAUCGUCUCAAUCAAGUUUCAGAGCGUUACAGUUUUCCGAAAUGUGUUUUUCCAAUUUUUUUCUAUCAUUUUCGCAAUAAGGGUAGUUUUUAACACACUCCGACGGCAGGUAAGGGGAUUUCCUUUGGAGGGAAUGUUUGAAAUGGUUCUAGUUAUCGUCCCAAUCAAGUUUUAGAGCGUUACAGUUUUCCGAAAUGUGCUUUUCCAAUUUUUUUCCAUUAUUUUCAUACUAAGGGUGGUUUUUAACACACUCCGACGGCAGGUAAGGGGAUUUCCUUUGGAGGGAAUGUUUGAAAUGGUUCUAGUUAUCGUAACAUUCAAGUUUCAGAGCGUUACAGUUUCCCGAAAUGUGUUUUUCCAAUUUUUUUCUAUCAUUUUCGUACUAAGGGUAGUUUUUAACACACUCCGA